UGCUGCUACCUGGAUGGUGCCCUCAACACGAGCCAGAGUCAAAUUAAUAUAAAAUGAAGAGCUAAUGUGCACCGUUAAUGUCUCAACAGCUAAAAACGUGGUAAGACUGUUAGGCCUUAUUGAAGAGGUUUCCCUUCUAGAACUGGAAGGAAGAGGAGGCCUUCACAGUUAAGUCAAAAUUUUAGAUGCCUGCAGAGCCUGCUGAGAGGGCAUCUGCUCUCUCACGUGAGCUGUGUGCUUGGAGAAAAGGCUUUGCUGAACUAGUCCACAUUUCCAGCGUUAGAUGGACAUGGUGUCUGACAGGGCGCUUUUGGUAUCCUGACCUUGCCCAGUUCCUGUUCAUUAUUUAGUGGUUAAAAGAUUACCACUCUAAAUUUUGCUUUGGAGACCUGGGAAGCCUCAUCAGUGUGGAACUCAGCUGUGCAUCUGACACCUGUCUUGAACAGAAAUAAUUGAAACAAAGAUGUCCUUCAUAGACCCUUAUCAGCACAUUGUGGUGGAGCACCAGUAUUCGCACGUGUUCACUGUGACAGUAAAGAGAGCCACCAAUGUCACGAAAGGGGCGAUUGGCGAUAUGCUUGACACUCCAGAUCCCUACGUGGAGCUGUUCAUCCCCUCAGCCCCUGACUGCAGGAAGAGAACUAAACAUUUCAAUAACAAUGUGAAUCCCGUGUGGAACGAGACCUUUGAAUUCAUCUUGGACCCCAAUCAAGAAAACGUCCUGGAGGUCACUUUGAUGGACGCUAACUAUGUUAUGGAUGAGACUCUUGGCACAGCCGCAUUCCCUAUAACUUCCCUGAAACUGGGAGAGAAGAAGGAGGUCCAGUUAACUUUCAACAAUGUCACAGAGUUGACUUUGGAAUUGUCUCUUGAAGUCUGCUCUUCGACUGAUCUGCGAUUCAGCAUGGCCCUGUGCGAUGAGGAGAAGAAAUUCCGGCAACAGCGGAGAGAGAAUAUCAUGCGCAGUAUGAAGUCAUUCCUGGGAGAAGAGAGCAGCAGGAACCUGACCGCUUCCCGUGAUGUACCAGUGAUAGCAGUACUGGGUUCAGGCGGUGGUUUUCGUGCCAUGGUAGGGUUUGCUGGAGUAAUGAAAGCGCUCUACGAAUCAGGAGUUCUAGACUGUGCGACUUACAUUGCUGGUCUCUCUGGAUCUACAUGGUACAUGUCAACUCUGUAUUCGCACGCAGAGUUUCCAGAAAAGGGGCCCAAGGAGAUUAAUGAAGAACUGAUGAACUCCGUGAGCCACAACCCACUGCUGCUGCUCACCCCCCAGAAAGUCAAGCGCUACAUUGAAGCCCUGUGGAAUAAGAAGAGCUCAGGGCAGCCUGUCACCUUCACGGAUAUCUUUGGAAUGCUGAUAGGUGAAACACUCAUCCAUAAUAGAAUGGACACCACUUUGAGCAAAAUGAAGGAGAAAAUCAAUGAAGCUCAGUGUGCUCUCCCCCUAUUUACAUGUCUCCAUGUCAAACCAGAUGUCUCGGAGCUUAUGUUUGCAGAUUGGGUGGAGUUCAGUCCAUAUGAGAUUGGCAUGGCGAAAUAUGGCACUUUUAUGUCUCCUGAUUUGUUUGGAAGUAAAUUUUUUAUGGGGACAGUAGUGAAAAAGUACGACGAAAAUCCUUUGCAUUUCUUAAUGGGUGUCUGGGGCAGUGCGUUUUCUAUAUUAUUUAACAGAGUGCUCGGAGUCUCCAAUUCCCAAAACAAAGGACCCACCAUGGAAGAAGAACUAGAGAAUAUUAGGCUAAAGCACCUAGUGAGCAAUGACAGCUCAGACAGUGAAGAUGAAUCACAGCAUCCAAAAGGCACCGAAAACGCCGAGGCCAACCACGACUAUCAGAACAGCAGCCAGGAGAGCUGGGUGCAGCGGAUGCUGAUGGCGCUGGUGGGCGACAGCGCCCUCUUCAACACGAGGGAAGGGCGGGCUGGGAAGGUGCACAACUUCAUGCUGGGCCUCAACCUCAACAGCUGCUACCCGCUCUCCCCGCUGGCAGAUCUCCUCAGCCAGGAGUCUGUGGAGGAAGAUGAGCUGGACGCAGCCGUUGCAGAUCCAGAUGAAUUUGAGAGGAUAUAUGAGCCCCUGGAUGUGAAGAGCAAGAAGAUUCACAUAGUGGACAGUGGACUUACAUUUAACCUGCCCUACCCACUGAUCUUAAGACCUCAGAGAGGGGUUGAUCUUAUCAUCUCCUUUGAUUUCUCGGCAAGGCCAAGUGAUUCCAGUCCUCCUUUCAAAGAAAUUUUGCUUGCAGAAAAAUGGGCCAAAAUGAACAAGCUUCCUUUCCCUAAAAUAGAUCCGAAUGUGUUCGACCGAGAGGGCUUGAAGGAGUGCUAUGUCUUCAAGCCAAAGGAUACCUCUUCAGAGAAGGACUGUCCGACUAUAAUCCAUUUUGUUCUGGCAAACAUCAACUUCCGGAAGUACAAAGCUCCAGGUGUCCCAAGAGAAACACAGGAGGAGAAGGAUUUUGCAGACUUUGAUAUUUUUGAUGAUCCCGAUUCACCCUUCUCUACCUUCAACUUCCAGUACCCCAAUGAGGCUUUCAAGAGGCUCCAUGACCUGAUGGAGUUCAACACCCUCAAUAACAUUGACGUGAUCAAGGAAGCUAUGGUGGAAAGCAUUGAAUAUAGGAAGGAGAAUCCAUCUCGCUGCUCGGUGUCUCUCAGCAAUGUCGAAGCAAGGAGGUUCUUUAAUAAAAGCCACCUCAAUAACAACAACCACACGUAGAGGAUGUGCUGCACGUCCCGCUCCUCGAAGAGCCUGGCUGUAUCUUUAUAACUGGAGAUCAAAAGACAUUACAAAGAGCAUUGCCCCUUUUGUAAAGGGCUGUGCAGAAUUCAAGAAAAACGUUUCUUGUGCAUUUACAAGUUUCAAUAUUACUUUAUACUACCUACUUUUAACCUAAAGAUUGAAAACAUUUCAGUGUGUGGAUCAUUCCCCUUUAAAAAUUUUGGAAUUAGCUUGUCUUGGCUGUAGAGCCAUUAGGGUUAUAGUGGUGGGCAGGGAGGGUUGUAUUUUAGUUUGUUUUUACAAAAUUUAUUACUGAUUUCUCCCUGUGGGGCAAUUUGUCAUUGUCAUUCUUAUUUGUCAUUGACAUAAAUUGGAUGAGUCUUUAAAUGUGUCAUGAGAACUGAAACACAAUAGAAUAAAACUUAAAUAAUAGAGAUCAUAUAGAUGUAUAGCUGGACUUGAGUCUGGAGCUGACUGCACUUUGUACAAAUGAAAAAUCAUGCUUGGACUAUGGUUGAAGAGUCAAUAAUUGACAACUGCUGCUGGGCAGUAGCAGCCUGUUCCCAAUAUAUGCCGUUACGUAGCUGCCCACCUGCACUGUUAUGGUUGAUUCCUUGUACUGGAAGGGAUUUUGAUCACUAAUAGCCACUGGCUGUAUUGGCUUUGCCAAAACACCCUAAUCAAGCGUGUUUCAAAUUUUGCUUUUCAUAGUCUUCGAUGCCUCUUAAAAUCAUGCAUACACACACAUGCACACAUUUUUUGAUAAGAAAUGUGUAAAGAAAUGGGGUUUAUGCAUUUUUGAUAGCAUUAUGAGUAGGUUCCUUAGGUGACUUUGGUGCAUGAUGCCAACAGGGAUCUGCUUUUGAAUCUCUGCAUCUCAAAUACUUCUGCCAAAAUUCAAG